AAUUUUACCCAUUUAUUAGAUGAAAGAAUUUCAGGUCUUUAUGCAAUUAUCACCAUUCUUUCGUAUGCUUCUUAUAUACACGAUCGGUAUGUUUGGUGGAGGACUAAUUGUCCACUUUUACUAUGUACAACAUGAAGAGGAUUUGUAUACAGCAGCACUGUUUGCAGCCAAGUCACCGAGAUUGACAGCAAACGAUAAUGCAUAUAAACAGUUGAUUGUUUCAAACGAUUCAAUACACGAACAUGCAUUACAACAUUUAGCCGAGGCAACAUUGGCCAACGUAUUGGCUAAACAAGUACGUGUGUUCUGUUGGAUACUAACAAUGCCAGCGAAUCAUAAAUCAAAAGCUGUUCAUGUGAAAGCUACGUGGGCUGGUCGAUGUAAUAACUAUUUAUUCAUUAGUAGUGAAACUGAUUCGCAUCUUCCUUCAAUAGCUGUUAUCAAUACUGAAGGUCGCAACUUAUUGUGGAAUAAAACAGCUGGAGCGAUAAAAUACAUGGCAAAACAUUAUGCCAAUGAUUACGAUUACUUCAUGAAGGCGGAUGAUGAUUCAUAUGUGAUUGUAGAGAAUCUGCGCAAAAUUUUACGUAAAGAAAAUCCCGAUAAACCAUUCAUCAUGGGCAGACGAUUCAAGCCAUUUGUUAAACAAGGAUAUAUGUCCGGUGGUGGAGGAUAUGUGCUAUCUCGAGCUGGUCUUUUGAAUAUCGCUAAUGGUUUAGAAAAUAAUACCGUUUGUCAAAGUAAUAAAUAUGUAUUCGCUGAAGAUGUGAAACUUGGAUCUUGUGCUGAAGCUACAAAUGUUUCAGUAAUUGAUAGUCUAGAUGCAGAAGGACGUGAAUGCUUUCAUCCGUUCUCUCCAUCACAUAUGCUCACAAAAAACGCAAACGGCUACCCAGAAUGGUACCUAAAGUAUAAUUACCACAGAAUAGAUACAGGAUUCGAUUGUUGCAGUGAUUAUGCUGUCUCAUUCCAUUAUAUUAGACCUGAAGAAAUGUAUCUCUAUGAAUAUAUGCUGUACCAUCUACAUCCUUAUGGGAUACAUCGAGAUUAUAUGGAUUUAAUGAAUUAUUUACAACAGAAUAGAAUUUCCUGAUACAAUAUCACUAUUAUUACUAUUACUGAGGAAUUCCUUUCAAUCGCCUUGUAUUUCUCUCACAAAAACGUAAACAACACAGUAAACGUGUUUGCUGGAAAUUCAUCAUGGUUGUGCAAACUGUUUAUAUGUUUUCCAUCAUGCACUCGUAGUUCUGUCUUCCAAUUGCUAUUUCUCUCUCUCUCUCAAACACACACACACAGAUACAUAGACGUAAAAGAUUCUUUGGUUUUUGAGAUAUCCCUUCCUUUCUCUCUUUCGUUCACUUUCUCAGACAUUCACCUUGUUUACACGUCACUGUAAAAUACAUAUGAUUGAUAUUAUUAGUACUUCUGUCUUCCCUCAACCUCCAAGUACAUAUCAAUCAGUAAACCAAUCAAUCCAUUAAUUAUUGUAUGGACAAUAGACAAACAAAUUCCAAUAUGAGACAUGCUCAAUAAAUCAAUCAAUGAAACAUCAACUGAACUCCAUCCAUUACAAAUAUUGUGUUAUUAUUAUUAUUAUAAAUCUUCCUCAUAACUUGUCUAUGUAGACUUGUUUUAUUUACUAAAUAAUUGUUUGUAUUGUAACAUUUAUUUGUUUCUAUUUUUAUUGUUUUGUUUUUUUUUUUAAAUUAUUUUUAUUUAUUUCUAAAUAUUGGUGAUCAGUAGAAUAACAUUUUCAAUAUUCUCAGUUGAGAUGAGAAACAUUUUUCAAAUUUUCGUGUGUUUCUACCUGUUUGUUUUACAUUUCCAUAUGGAACUUCACCCGGUAUUGACCAGUAGCAAGAAGGUAUGCUACUGUGAAAUGCCAUAUGUAUGUAAUUUUUGUAUGAAGAAAGUUUCAUCCUUUUUUUUUCAACUGUAUAUAUUCAAAGGGAUAAAAAACUGAACACAUACAUGAAAGUUUAUAGACACGUAAUGGAAUAAAAGAUGGAGUUUGUUCUUUCACUAAAUUCAAAUGUUCAUUUAUUGCCUAUUUUCGUAUAUUGAAAUCUAUCAGUUC